UCCCAGAAGAGUUGAAGCUGUUAGAGCUGCAAAGGGUGGACCGACGUCAUAUUAAACCCUAUGGAUUAAGGAUGGGAUGUCACUUUAGUUCAUAUGCAAUUCAAGGCAGGCUUUAUUCUGCUCCUGCCGGUGCAUUACCAGCUCCUGGGUGCUGUGUGGGAGUGGGCGACGCACAGACGAGAGCCUGAAUGUCAGAGCGCUGCGCUGAUGAAUCACAGACGUGGAUCUGAGGCUGAGAGGACGAUGUCCAUCAUGGAGCAGUUCAACCCGUGCCUGCGGAACUUCAUAGCCAUGGGGAAGAGCUAUGAGAAGGCGCUCACCAGUGUCACAUAUGCUGCAAAGGGCUACUUCGACGCUCUGGUGCGGAUGGGCGAGAUGGCCAGCGAAAGUCAAGGCUCUAAGGAUCUUGGGGAGGUCCUCUUUCAGAUGGCUGAAGUGCACAGACAGAUCCAGAUCCAGCUUGAAGAGAUGCUUAAGUCUUUCCACAAUGAGCUGCUCACAGAGCUGGAGAAGAAGGUGGAGCUGGAUGCACGCUAUCUGAACGCUGCGCUGAAGAAGUACCAGAUGGAGCACAAGAGCAAAGGGGAGAGUUUGGAGAAGUGCCAGGCAGAGCUGAAGAAACUGCGCCGGAAGAGCCAGGGCAGCAAGCACCCCUCUAAAUAUGGAGACAAGGAGAUGCAGUAUGUGGAGGCCAUCAGCAACAAGCAGAGUGAGUUGGACAACUACAUCGCUGAGGGCUACAAGAACGCUCUGUCUGAGGAGAGGAGGAGGUACUGCUUCCUGGUGGACCGCCAGUGCGCCGUGGCCAAGAACAGCAGCACCUACCACACUAAGGGGAAGGAGCUUUUAUCCCAGAAGAUCCCGGUGUGGCAGCAGGCCAGCACUGAGCCAAACAAGCUGCCCGAUCGUGCCAUGUUCCUGGCCCAGCAGAUGAGCAAUACAGCUGGUACCCUGCCUCCAGGCGCCCAUCACCCCGGCAUGACCAUCUCUGAGCCCAUCCCUGGGGCCAAACCUCUGCCAGUGCCUCCAGAGCUGGCGGCCCUCAGGGCCAGCGGAGGCCUGGGACAGCAGAGGCUGAUGGGAGGGCUGGAAGGAGGGAUGCCCCUGAUGAACGGUACAGCCGGCGUUCAUGGUGGAGAGGACUACCAGCAGUGGGUGGAUGCCAAGGUGGCCCAGGGAAAAGUUACAGCCCAGACACAGAGGCACGGAGCGGAGGUCUUCUCCAACACUCUGCCUGUGCGCAAGGUGGCCCCGGCCAAAAGCAAGACAGCCAUGAUGGAGACCCGUACACUGCCCCGCUCCAGCUCCAUGGCAGCAGGACUGGAGAGAAACGGAAGAACUCGAGUCCAGGCCAUCUUCUCACACGCUGCCGGUGACAACAGCACCCUGCUGAGCUUCAACGAAGGUGAUGUGAUAACCCUGCUGGUCCCCGAGGCCCGAGACGGCUGGCACUAUGGAGAGAAUGAGAAGAACAGGAUGCGCGGCUGGUUCCCGUUCUCCUACACCAGGGUGAUCCCUGAGAAUGAUGCCAACUCCAUGAGGCAACUUCGAGUAAACAACCUCCAGCACGGGAAGAGCAGCAGCACAGGAAACCUUCUAGAGAGAGAAGACAUGUCCCUGUCUGUCCCCGACUACAGCCUCCACUCCCGUAUGGCAGCACAGAGCGCCGCUGCGCUGCAUGGCAGACAACAACGCCCCUACAGUGUGGCAGUGCCAGGCUUCUCACAGCAAGGAGUUGAAGAGUAUGAGCCCCGCUUCCCCACAAGUUCCACAGAGGGAAAAUUGAUUUCCACAGUGUGAGGACAGACAGACAGACAGACAGACAGGCACAGACUCAGCGAGACGAUGCAAUAGGACAGGCACGUCGCUGCUCUCUCAACUGACCCAUCCUCUCAUCCUUCCCCGCUCUUCUUCCUCCCCUUUACCUCCCUCUAACGGCAAUAAACUCCCCCUGAGCCAAUCAAUGCAAGACAGAGACUUGUUCCCUAUCCUUACCCCCUUGUGAUCCCCGUCCCUCCUCCUUAAAUCCUGUCUGUGUGGCUGGCAGUGACACCGGACCACUGGUGAAGCCUUGAGCCAUGCCGAGCCGAACUACAACGAAACGGACUCUGCGUAUUUAUAAUCGAUGUUGGACAUUUUCUCUGAGGAAAACCUAUCUUUUGCUUGUCUUUCAUGCAUGUACAUUUCUUUUCUAUAUCUCUGGGGAUUAUAUUUCUCCACCAAAUGGACCAGAUUUUCACAAAUGUGCACUCCAUCAGAAUGACAAUGUAAAGGAUAUGUAAAUCAGGGUGUGAAAUUAAAGGUUUUGAUCCUAAAGAGGAUUUUCAUAUUGUAAAAAAAGACAUUACAAUCAAUAUUUUACUGGGUCUUUCAGUAUAUAACAGUAAUUUUACCUUUUCAUGCUGUGAGGUUUUGUAUUCCUCUGAGAAGAGAGGCAAUGUAUCACGAGUAGUGAACAGCUAUUGUAAAUGUUUUAACUUAUGAAACACAGGAAUGUUUACUGUACAUAGAUGUGCCACACAGAGAUGUUUAUCUGACAGUAUCUAUGAGAAAAUGCACCUUAUGAAAGUAGUUUCUAUCUCUGACUUUCUGUAAACACAGCUCCUGUUACACUGACUGUACUGUAUUCAAGUAUCGGCCUUUUAAACUUCUUCUCCAGCCUCCUAACGGAGCGGCGCUGUGCUCAGACUCACAGACCCGGCUGUUUUCGGUGUCUAUUGUGGUGUGAAUAUCAAACUAAGGCUGAAUGGGCUCAACUGUCCCUCAAACCUGAAUGACAUGCAAGGCUCUGAGUUGGUUUUUGGUGCUGGAAAUGACCAAGUUGUGCUCAAAAUGCUAAAUAUAUAACUGAAAACACUGGGGAGGCUGUUUCAUUUAUCCAUAGCAUGGGAUGCAUCUCCACUGGGGCAACACCCCAUAGAUGGUGUUUGUUUCUCCGUCACAUUCAUUACAAGCCGUGGUUUUAGUAAUUUAGAGGCCCCAGACAGACACUAAUAUAAAGCUCUUCUCCAUAUAGCUAAAAGCAAUCUUAGUGAGUAAAUGAACUAUUUAUAAGGUUCUCUUUUCAGGAAAAAGAGCCAGAGAAGUACAGGAUAUACUCAAAUCCGAAAUAGCCAACAUCCUUCAUCAGCUUGUCUUUGGCGCAAUACUUAAAUUACUCUAAGCUGGGUGGAACCUAGAAGAAUAUUGGUGCUAUAUCCAUUCUUCUGACAAAAAUCUGAUUUUUGUUAUUGCAUGCCAUUUUACCGCACAAUAAUCCAGAAGCUCCCAAACUCUCCAGCCCAGGACCCCUCAAAAAACUGCACCUGAGACUUAAAAACAUGAUAUUUCAUGUAUUAAUUUAUUGUAAGGUGUGUUUUUUGGAUCUUUUUGAGGAGUUUGGACCUUCCUGUUGGGGCUAGGAGUCCCAGCAAGGGACUUUUUUAGGUAUCAGAAUCUUAGUGAUGGGAAUUUCAGCUCUUUUCAGUGAUCCAACUCAUUUAGCUCGGCUCAGCAAAAAGAGCCGGCUCUUUCGAAUCCCAAACGGCUCUUCAUUCAGGUACCAAUUUGGCUUCACCUGACCUGCCAAUUUUAGCAAUACCAUAACAUAUGAUUGAUAUUUGAGCAGGUAUUUUACUCCAACUGUGCUCAAUUUUUAAAUUGAUGAAUAUAUCAUGUAAUUGUUUUUUAAAAUCUACUGUCUCCCCCAAAACACCUUGUGAGUUACACGAAAUCUGCUCUUUGGCUGGGCUGUAUGACACACCUGAAAUAAGACAUUAAAGACACACUAGGAAACACGACUCCUAAAUGCAUCGUGUGCCUGUAGAGGAUAAAAUAUCAACCUUACUAAUCAAUCAAAUAACACAUGGACACACACAGUCUAUAUAAAAAUAAUAAUAAUGAUGGUUAUGAUAAUAUAAACGGCUCUCAAACGGGAUCCAGCUCUUAUCGUUUGUGUCAGAGAGUCGACUCCUUGAACCGGCUCAUUCACUAACAACCCAUCACUACAGAAUCUAUUUUGAUUAGGGGUGCCGAUAACAGGAAAUUAUAACUUCAUUCUUAUCGGUCCGAUAUCAUUACAACGAGCCCGAUAACAUUUAUAUUUUUGUCAGCAUGGCAGUGCUGGCAUUUGUUUUCUUUCUCACGAGACUACACAUUCCGAAACAGCAGGUGGCGCCGCAGUACAUGACCUGCUAUUAAAGCACCAAAGUAACAGCCCCUGUGCUAAAAUGCUAACAACACGGUGGCAUUAUUCAGUAUUUACAGGGAGGAUAACACGACCGUGUGCGUAGAAUUUGCCCUGCAAAGGUUGCAAAGAGUAGAAAGAAGUCCUCGACGCAUCUUAUAAGUCACUUAAGAGUCAUCACCCCAACAACGUUAAAACAAAGCGGCAGCAGCCACUAGCCUCAGCCGCGGGCAUUAGCAGGCAUUGAAAACUGCAGAAAGCUUGCAAGAGCCAUAAAGCGCAACGUUACAGCAAAAUCAGUCUGACAGUCUCCUGAUCCAUCGCUACUUUCAUAGGCGUGUACCUGCCCGCUCUGUUUGAUGUGGUUUCAUUCAGUCUGAUCGACGUUAUGAACAGAAGUUAGCCACAGACCACGCUGUACUUUACAUUCUUAACCUAUCUCUGAUAUGACUUAUGUCAGUGCAUAUUCUUAAUCUUUAUGUAAAACGUCAGCUUGCUUUAUUCUGGCUUAAGCAAAAAAAAAAAAAAAAAAA